CAACUACACUGACUGUACCAUCUGACUGUGGGAGAGUGCGCCGAGCGCGUUACAAAAAAUUAAAAGAGCCGUUGACAAAGAAAAGUAUUAGUGGCAGUGUCGUCUGCCUUCCUUCUUUGGACCCAGAGUAAUAGUAGUGGGUCAUUUUACAUCCAAUCAGUGUCCAGAAUGUCGGAAAAAGUCAAUGUGUCCAAUGCAUGUGAUGACCAAGACGUUGUCCGGCGAUUCGGUGUGUUGGCUGAGAGGUCAAAUGGAUAUAAACAAUGGCUGCUUGACCAGCUUCGAUCGCGAGGCUGCAAAAGAGUGCUGGACGCUGCAUGCGGUACUGGCGGGGACGCUCUCUUUCUUCUGAAGAAUGGUUUCCAUGUAGUGGGUUCAGAUAGCGCAGAAGCCAUGCUAUGCCAGGCUCGACAAGCCAAGAAAUCACAACAGAAACUGUGCGAAGCUGUGGGAAAAUGGGAAAUCAAGAAUGCGAAUUGGCUUACUCUGAAAGAGGACCUCGGAGGUUAUGGUGAAUUCGAUGCAGUGCUUUGCAUGGGCAAUUCCAUGAUCAACCUCAUCGAUACCUCACUCGAUUUAGAACUUUACAAGAAGAGUUUCGAGAACUUCAAAUCGAUGCUCAAACCUGGUGGAAUUUUGUUAAUUGACCACCGAAACAUGGACGUCGUGUAUGAGACUGGGAAACCCGUCAACAAGAACGUGUAUUUCAAGGUUGAUACCAUCAACAAGAUUUCUUCAAAGUUAGUCCAAUAUCCUGGGAAACCAGAUACCGUUGACAUCACGUUCGAUAUGAUAGUUGAUGGUGGUGGUGAUGACGGAAAACAAAAUGAAAAUGGUGAACUCCCGAACGGCAGUGGUGUUCAUACCAAUGACGUAAUGGUACACGACAAAAAUAUUGAAAAAGUAACGAUCCCUCUUCAGGCUAUCCGAGCAGAGGCGUUUGCAUCCAUGCUUGCUGGAGUUUUCGGCGAGGACUGUGAACGCGCCCUCUACGGUGACCUGAGCCUAGAUGCAUCCAUACAUGACACUGCUUAUUUCCAGCACGUGAUAACAAAGAGAAAAUGAUGAAGCGAUGAAGAUAACAUAUUGCCUCUUAUUUUUGUGUCUUUUCUAAUAAAAAUCUGAUAUUCUCCCGAAAGUCUAACUUAUCGGAAGACCUUGCAUCCCACACUUUUCAAUAGGGAGUUUUCGCACAGGGUAGUAGUAUUUUAU